AUGAGGGAAGCCAACAACACUGACAAGAUGAAACCUCAAGACAGAGCUUCCAGGAGCAGGGGAGGUGAGCGGAAAAGGUGUGACUCGUUUGUGAACAGCUUAUUUGAAGAAGUGAAAGACGCUGGCGUCCUUAAUGCUUCUCCAGAAGAUGAGGCAGAAGUUGUUAUCCGGAUGUGGAAAAAUGGGUUUACAAUCAAUGACGGUGAACUCAGGGACUAUACAGAUGCUGCAAAUCGUCAGUUCAUGGACUCUGUCAGGAAAGGGGAGCUCCCGCCAGAGCUACAAAGGACAUUUGAGAAAGAAGAGGUGGCUGUUAAUGUGGAAGACAGGAAGAGUGAAGAACAUUCAUUAAUGAAGAAGCACGUGGAUCCAUUCUCUGGAAAGGGUUAUAGACUGGGAAGUGCCACACCAACAGUUAUUAACAAAGCAGUGAAUGGUGUAGAGGAUGCAGUGCAGAGCUUUCCUUCUGUGGAGAUGAAUGAUCUGGAGCCUUCUACAAACAUCAAGAUCUGGCUGGUAGAUGGAAAGAGAAUUGUGCAAAAGUUUAACACCUCACACAGGAUCAGUGAUGUGCGGCAAUUCCUAGAGAGAAUGCCUUGUAAGUCUGAGAAGCUGCCCUUCAAAUUGGCCACCUCUUUCCCUCUGUGUGACAUCUUGGAUGAGACCAUCACCAUCCAUGAAGCCCACCUCAACAAUGCUGUUUUGGUCCAGAGACUGCAGAAAACUACAGAACCUUUCAGGGACUCUUAG